AUGGAGACGACCAAGGAUUCUCUACUGUAUGCCAUUGAAGUGUCCAAAUCGAUGCUCACACGCGGCACUUUGAAGGAUGUAUUGGCUGCUGUACGGGAUUCGGUAAGGGAGCGAAUGAUUGCUUACCCGAUGGACAAUACAGGGGUUUUGCUGUAUGGCGUCUCGGGGCAUAAAAAUAAUUGUAAGAUCCUGCUCGAUCUGAAACCCCAGAAUAGUCGGGGUAUUAAACUGCUAUUUCGCCUUUUGGAAGACGAAACCUUUUUUGAAGAGAGCGUUGUUCCUGCGGCGGGAAACACUACGUCUCUGGGCGAUGUGUUUUUUAAUGCGGGGGUAAUGUUUGAGCAGGAAAAAGCCAAAUCUUUUCGACGCCUUGUUCUAGUAACAGAUAACGACCAGCCCCAUGAUCCAGAGACGAGGCUGUUUGAGGUCGCUAAAAUCAAGUCGUAUGAUCUCGUUCAAAAGAAUGUCACUAUCGUACCUGUUUUUGUCAGUUAUCCCGAUCGCAGAUUUGAGGUCAGUAAAAUGUGGGAGGACUUUUACUAUACUCCCGAAUUUUACAUUGAUAGUAGCAACACAAAGCUGGAACCCAUCAAUGGCAGCCCAAAAGACAUUCUGACUGCAAUCAGUAACCAAGAGGUACCACGUAGGCCGGCGUUUCGGAACUGUAUUCAGCUGGGGGACCUCAAAAUUGACGUGCGAGCUUAUGUUCUGUAUAAACAGCAGCUGCCGAGUCAAAAGUAUGAUGUCUCUGUUGACGGAGACAAGCCCGUGGUGGCGGUAAGUCGUACGCACUAUAUUGUGGAGGAAAGUGGUCGAGAAGUCGAGAAAGAAGACAUGACGCGGGCGUUCAAAUUCGGGAAAAGCCGAAUUGUUGUUGACCAAGAGACCUUGGAUUCGCUCAAAGAUUUCGGGGAGCCGGCAAUUCGUAUUCUCGGGUUUCAAAAGCGAAGCGAGGUCGUGUUGGCGGGGCAUUUGAGCCAUUCCUUGUUUAUUUAUCCUUGGGAUGUGUUGAGCAAAGGGUCGAUUAGAGCAUUUAUUGCAUUGUGGAGGUCUUUAUUGAAUAAAGACAAAGUGGCGAUUGCACAAUGUAUUUUGAGAACCAACUCGGCACCUUGCAUAGCUGCACUUUAUCCUUCACCCGAAGUUUUAUCGCCGGACGGCCACCAAACAUCGCCGCCUGGUAUUUAUUUGGUUACUCUACCGUACAUGGAUGACAUUCGUGACAUACCUCAGAAUACUAUUCACUUAACGGCAGAAGAAGGCCUUGUAGACUUGGCGGGAGCUGUUGUCGAUAAGUUGACAAUGCCUCAGGGAUAUAGACCUGAACGAUACCGAAACCCCAAACUACUUUGGGUUUCAUCGAUAAUUGAAGCUCAGGCAUUGUCCAGAGAAAUGCCAAAAGGUGCGGUUGACGGCACCUUACCAAAAUAUCGCUCAAUUGAGACAAGAAGUGGUGCCGCGAUAAGAGCUUUGAACGAGGUGCUAACUAAAAUACCACCCAAGGAAGAGAAGGCAGAACCACCGGCAAAACGUGUCAAGCACGCUGAUAUCUCAAUUGAACACGCGGAGUCUUUGGCUGCGAAUCAGAACCUGGAUAAGCUCACGGUUGAUCAGCUCAAAGGACUAACCGCUCAUGCAGGCGUUCCGGAGCCUCAAGGACGACAAAAAAAGCAUCUAGUGCAAGCGCUGAUGGAGUUCUUCAAGGGCAUGUAA